AUCAAUUACCUGCAAGAGCCCGAGAACCGGACGAUAUCCACAUCUGCCCCCUUUGCGCAUUUCACCACCUGCUUUUUGUUUUUUUCUCUUCCUCUCUUCUUCCUCUUUUCCGUUUUGCGACACAUAACCCGGAUUAAAUUACGCGUUGCACCUUUAAGAAGCUGUCGCCCGGAUUAGAGUUACGCGCAGUGAGCCAAGUCGCCCCGCGGAGGGGUUUUACGCACCGUCCGCUAUCCAGGGGAAGGCUCUCUCUCCUUCUGCGACACUUCACCUCCUCUCCGUCCUCCUCGCUGGUCCUGACAACUCGCCCCCGGGGGAGCCCUGAGCAAGCAUGGCCGAGAUGGGGAAAGGGGUCACCGCCGGGAAACUGGCCAUCAACGUCCAGAAGAGGAUCACCAGAGCGCAGGAGAAGGUCCUGCAGAAGCUCGGCAAAGCGGACGAGACCCGAGAUGCUGCCUUCGAGGAGAUGGUGGCCAACUUCAACAAGCAGAUGGUAGAAGGCUCCAAACUGCAGAGAGACCUGAAAACCUAUGUGUCAGCAGUUAAAACUCUGCACGAUGCGUCACGGCGGCUGCAGGACUGUCUGGCCGACAUGUACGAGCCCGACUGGUUUGGCAAAGAGGAGAUGGACGCGCUGGCAGAGGAGAUGAUAGAGAAGGAGAUGGACAAUAACUUGGAGGACACAGACACGCUGUGGUUGGACUACCACCAGAGCAUCACGGACAAAUCUGUGACCUCCAUGGACACGUACCUGACUCAGUUUCCUGAUAUUAAGGCUCGUAUAGCAAAGCGCGACAGGAAGAUGGUGGACUUCGACAGCGCCAGGCAUCACUUCGCCUCCUUACAGAAAGGGAAGAAGAAGGACGAGGCCAAGAUCGCCAAGCAAGCAGCCCUGUUGGAGAUGGCGGCUCCCAGCUGGGCUCAGGGUUUGAUAUCAGCCCACCAGGUGGCUCAGACUAACCUCUCCUUCAACCAGGCGGAGGAAGACCUGGGUCGAGCCCAGAAGAUUUUUGAGGAGCUGAACGUGGAGUUACAAGACGAGCUUCCUGCACUAUGGGACAGUCGUGUUGGCGUCUAUGUUAACACAUUCCAGGGCCUGGCAGGUCAUCAGGAGAAGUUCCACAAAGAUAUGAGCAAGCUCAGCCAAAACCUGAACGACAUCAUGACCAAACUGGAGGAGCAGCGGCAGCUCAAAAAAGAUGGUACUGCAGCAGCAAAGACAGAAGAUGGUGCAAAGAGUGAGGAAGCCGACAUCAGUGAAUCGGCCAGUUCAGCACCAAAGGCGAGGCAAAGGCUCGGCCCUCCUCCCAGUCGGCCCCCACCCAGGCCGUCGCCGUCUCCGGAGCCGGGCCAGCAGCAGGUCAGCCUGUUUGACGACGAGACCUCGGUGCCUGACUCUAACACCGACUCCGCCACAUCGACGACGACAACAACACAGCAGGCGCCCUCAUGGGACUCAUGGCAGGAACAGCACACGGCAGAGCCGGAACAGCCCGCGGCAGAGCAGGAACAGCCCAGUGUAAAGCAGGAACCCCAGCCCGAUGACGACCAGUACCCAGCAGAGGCCCAAGGUGGCUGGGAUCACAACGAACCCGCCCCCCAGAGCUACACUCAGCCCAGUUGGGGCGACGCAGAGGCGGCCCAGGAAAGCUGGAACGCCGACCAAGGCUCUGCAGCUCAGCCGUACACAGAGCCCAAUUGGGAUGACGACGGCGCCAAUGUGGGACAGGGAGGCUGGGGCGAUGCAGGGGAUCAGGUUGCUGUGACCAAUGGCUCUGACGGCGAACUCCCUCCAGGAUUUAUCUACAAGGUAAAAGCGAUACAUGACUACGACGCUACCGACGGAGAUGAGCUGGAGCUGAAGAUGGGAGAUAUUGUGCUUGUUAUGGGCUUUGACAACCCAGACGAACAGGACGAUGGCUGGCUCAUGGGCGUGAAGGAGUCUAAGUGGUUGCAGGAGAAAGAUGCUUCCGCCAAAGGUGUUUUCCCUGAAAACUUUACCCAGAAGUUUUGAGGCUCGUGACACCUAAAAGAUGCCCAAUCUUUGCCCCAAACUCUUCAGAUAGGAUAUCAAAUCAAAUCGCAAUUAAAUGUUUAUCUAUGGAGCAAAUAAUAUUGGCAUGGCGUGGUGAGAAAGGACGUCUCGAUGGCUUUGACACCAAAUGAUUUGUUUGUGACGCUGAAAACAAUGUGUGUGUUCUCGUCUGUGGAAUCAUCACAGAUUUCUGGAGCACAUUUUAUGCAAGGCAAAUAAAACACAUGUCAAAGUAAAGGUAUAAUAGAGACAAAGUGUUUUUUUUGGUAUAGCCUUAUGAUGCAGAGCUAUCUGAAAUGUUUGAGAUGUCAAAUUAUGCAACCGAAAACAAACGUGUUAGUCUUUUAUUCUUAUUCUUAAAUUAUUUAUAUGUUGCUGAACUCAAAGGAAACACAAAAACAGUGUUAGCAAUAUCCCAAAAAUAUUAAAUAGGGACAAAGUCGUGGCUUUUCUGUAUGAAUGUCAAAGUAUUUAUGUUGUGUAUUGUCAAAAGCUUUUCAAUAGUAAUAUCUCAAGAGCAUUUCAAAGUUCCUUGCAUGAAGCACUUGAUCCUGUCGUCAUUUUCUUCAUGAGACAACAAACCCUGGGACACCAGCUGGGGUCGCAAUAUGAAAUAUGGUUGUGAUUGUCAGAAAGUGCGAUGUCCCAGACUAGAGCCCUGGAGAACACCACAGAUUGAACACAGUAUCUGUGCAGGGGUAUCUGCCUUGUAUUCUGAAAAUCCAUUCGUUUCGUGUGCUUGUCAAAGGGAACAGUGGUUUUUCAUUUAUGUUAUCGGCCAUUUUGAGGACAUUACUUGGCGUGUGGCUUAAACUUUUCUAAUGCACAUUUGGUUUUAUUUAGAUUUUUUGGAAUGAUAUUUUCAUUGAGGCGUAAAAUGCAAAUCCUUCUCCUCAAACUCAGCCCUGGAUUUUUUUUUUCCUUCAUCUUCAGUUAAUUUAUGACUGUUUACCACUGAUUUAGACAGAGGACUCUGAGAUAUAUCAUCCAACUCUUUAUUUUAAAUGUAUUUCAUAUGAACCUCUGUGAUCUCUUGGACAGGACUAUACAGUAUGUCUGUUCCAGUAGUCUUUACCAUACCGUGAGUCCAUGGCUGCAAUGUCCACAGUCAUAACAAGGCUUUACCAUAAAAAUAUAAACCUUUAUUUAGUUAAGAAAAUGACGAGACUGUCAUCCAGAGUAAUUUCAACUAAAUACUGUGCGGAAACCAAAGUUAAACCCAUGAAAACAAUUAUUUUUACAUGAUGUGGUUUUAAUGAACAUGUGGUAACUAUGGCACCAUCUGCUGGAUCAAGUCGGUUAUUAAAGACUAAUGAAGUAACAUG